CAUCUCCCGCUUUAUCUAGAUUAGUAGCAUUGACGUUCUUCUCUUUUCUCUUUCACACUUCUAAUCCAACACCUCUUAAACUAUGAAGUUCACAAUCUCCCUCCUCCCCGCCCUCAUCGCAACUACCAGGGCCAUUUACAUCACGUCACCCCCACCCCCCGAUCCUGUGGAUGUGUCCAAAAACUGGACUGUAACCUGGACUCAUGUCGACACCGACCCUAUUUCUUUCUGCCUCUACCUCACCAACUACAAAGAAUACCCGCCACAGGAGUUCUUCCUCAGCUCCGCCUCCAGGGAUCCGGAUACCGUUGUGAUCCAAGGGAGAUGUUAUCCGGGAUUACGCGAAAGAAGUACUUAUCGUGUUUGGGCCUCGAAGUGUGGCGAUCCGCUUACUAUCUAUGCUGAGUCGAGAGAUUUCCACGUGAUCCAACCGGGCUGUCCGGCUUAGUACUUGGGAGGAUUGCUGUGGAAAAUGGGUCAUUGUUCUGGAGCUCCAGGCCUUGAUAUUCAACUAUUAAGGCCGGUUUCAUAUGAUGUGGCUCUGUAGACCUGUGUAGGAUUGGAGAUGUGUGGUUUGUUAGUUUUUUGGUGCUUCAACAGCCACCUGCCUAGACUUUGUGUCAUACGAUAUAGCUGCUUUAAGCUCGCUCGCCUCUUGGGGUAUUUCGAACUACCAUAUAUUGAGGGUUCGUAAGUGUAGACGUUGUGUCGUCGCCAGAAUUGAUUGAAAUACUUCAUGUUGGAUGGUUACCAUCAGCGAUGCUGUCCGUUAACAUGACCAAUUAGAAUAGCACUUUCGAAUUCCGUCCGGGACGAGCCAGCCCUUC